UGUCAGGUUCAACUCCAGCCAUGGUUUCCCUGUGGAGGCUGAUUUGGACACCAGCAUCUUCCAGCUCAAGGAGGUGGUUGCCAAGCGACAGGGAGUUCCAGCUGACCAAUUGCGCGUGAUUUUUGCAGGGAAGGAGCUCAGGAAUGACUUGACGCUGCAGAACUGUGACCUGACGCAGCAGAGUAUUGUUCAUGUUGUUCAGAGUCCACAGAAAAGCAGUCAGAAAAAGGAUGAGGCGGAAGAUAGCCAUGCUGGAGGUUCUCUAAAAGGCUUGGAAAAAGAACCUGAAAGUCUAACUCGUGUGGAUCUCAGUACCAGCAUCCUCCCAUCACUCUCUGAAGGGUUAGCUGUUAUUCUGGAUACUGCAAACAAGAGCAUUUCUCUUCCCUCUGACAAAUCAGGUGCUGCUAGUUACAACAGUUUUUAUGUUUUUUGCAAAAGUUUCUGCCAAGCUGUGAAACCUGGGAAAUUGAGGGUCCGCUGCAGUGUAUGUAAACAAGGAACACUGACUUUGGCAAGGGGUCCAUCUUGCUGGGAGGAUGUGCUGAUUCCAAACCGAAUUACAGGUGUUUGCCAGUCCCAAAGUUGCAAUGGAAACAUAGCGGAGUUUUACUUCAAAUGUGGAGCACACCCAACCUCUGCUAGUGAAACAUCUGUGGUUUUGAACCUCAUUACAACAAACAGUCGCCGUAUCACAUGUGUAACGUGCACAGAUAUUAGGAGUCCUGUGCUUGUGUUCCAGUGCAUGCAUCGCCAUGUCAUUUGCCUCGACUGUUUCCAUUUGUACUGCGUGACUAUGCUGAACGAUCGUCAAUUCAUCUAUGAUCCUGAGCUUGGUUAUUCCCUCCCUUGUGUAGCUGGCUGUCCAGACUCCUUGAUUAAAGAGCUUCAUCACUUCAGGAUUCUGGGAGAAGAGCAGAGCAGAUCUAUAGGGGGAUCUUCAGAAAGUUACAACCGCUACCAGCGCUAUGGGGCCGAGGAGUGCGUGCUGCAGCUGGGGGGAGCACUGUGCCCCACUCCCGGCUGCGGGGCAGGCUUGCUUCCCGAACCAGGAGAGAGGAAAGUUGUGUGUGAACCAAGCAACGGACUAGGCUGCGGGUUUGUGUUCUGCCGUGAAUGUAAGGAAGAGUACCAUGAAGGGGAAUGCAGCCCUCUCCUUGGCGUGCAGGGAGCUGUGGCCCAGAAGAGAUAUGUGGUUGAUGAACAUGCAGCUGUGCAAGCCCGAUGGGAAGAGGCAUCUAGAGAAACAAUCAAGAAAACAACCAAACCAUGCCCCAGCUGCCAUAUUCCAGUAGAAAAGAAUGGUGGCUGCAUGCACAUGAAAUGUCCUCGCCCUCAAUGCAGGUUCGAGUGGUGCUGGAACUGUGGCCUGGAGUGGAACAGAACCUGCAUGGGAGAUCACUGGUUUGACUAACAGCUCUGUGGCACCAACGCCAGCUGGCGUCUUAGCUGCUACAGUUUGCUAUUAUCAGGGUCAAAUUGUUUCUUAAACAAAGCUCCCACUGGUUUCAGGGACAAGGAGUUCAGAACUUGGCCCCAGUUUGUUUGGUUUUGCUUUCUUGCCUAUGAAGUCAUACCAAAAUCACAUUGAAGUCAUUUCAGGAGUUUUACAUCCACUAAGUAAAAAGAGUAAUUGGUUUUAUCACCAGAUUUCCUCAUUGUGAUACAAAGAGGGUUAAAUUUCACCAUCCUGUACUUGUGUGUUCCCUCAGUACAGACAACACAGUGCUACCAUGAGGAAAUUUGGCUGACAUUUAUAGUCAGCAAUUCAUAACUCUUACAAGACAGAGAAGCCUACGUGUGUGUGUGUGUGUGUGUGUGUGUGUGUGUGUGUGUGUUUGUGUGUCAAAGGGGACAGGGGAAAGGAGGUUCUCUGCAUUAACAUUAUUUCUUAACAAUUUUUUUGCAGAGGGAAGACUGUCGUUCUUCAGUGGUUUCUCAGGGUUCUUUCCCAACAGGCUCUUGCUUUUAAACCAAAUUGUCAUAGAAACAUCUAGCUUAAUGCUGUAUUUUUGUUUAUGUAUUUGUAACAUGACAUUAAAUCUUUUUCCAUACUGAUUACAAACUACGUUACUAUUGCAAGAUUAGUUAAGGAUGCAGCUUCAGCUUUAACUGUGAAUGUUCUUGCCGUAGUAACUGGGGCUGACUAAGUAUUCUGCAAGCUAGACUCACAGGGUUUCAUCUUUCCUGCACUUACAGCAAAGCUUUGGACAUAGCAAGACGAGGGAGGAGGAGACUUCUCAGGGGUUAUUUUCUCCAUCAUCAUUCUCAGAAAUUGAAUUAGAAUAUGGAUAUAUUCCUGAAAAAUAUAUUCGUAGCUCAGACAACAUGGGGCAGGGGAUUCUUUAAUUUUACAAAGUUAAUAUAGUAAGACAAAGCUCAAUAUCAUUUCCAAGCCUGAAUAAUCUUACUGUUUCAUGGGAGUUACAUUGUCGUCUUACUCUAAAAUGAAACAGGUACUGUCCACAUCAAUGCAACAUGUAAUGAUUUGCACAACUUGAUUUUGCAGAAAAAAGGUACAAUAAAUAGUCAAAAAUUCAUGCUUUAUUUCUGUCUUUUUUCAUUUGAAUACAAUGCAAGCAAGUGCAAAGAUGUUGGGCACACUGGCUGAGGUAUUUCCUUGACUGCCUCAGAUUCCCAACUAAGAAUCCGGCCCUUUGAUUGAAAUUAUUAGAAGAACAUAAUUUAAAGGCCAUGGACUGCUUGCAUCUAGUCUGAAUUAAUAUUUUGUAUCGCCUGACUGUAGAUUUCUGAAAAUAUUACUGUGCCCUGUGUCAGUCAGCAUAGAGAUGAGAAGCUUGACAGACAAAGAAAUCCCAGGCUCACUACAAAAAUGCCCACCUGUUAAAAGCAGCAGAGUAUUCAUCUAUCAUGGCUAGAAGUUGCAUAAAAAGUCUGAGGAAAUGGCAAGAUGAAGAAGUGAGGUACCCAAAACAAGAGAUUGAAUAAUAAAAUGAAAUGCAGAUAAUCUAAGAAAAUGCAGUGGGAAAGAGAGGAAGUAGCAAAGACAAGACUAUGGCCCAUUCUUAAUGGCCAUUUUCCUUUUGGCACCAGUGAACUAAAAUAUAUGCAGAAGUAGCUACAUUAAAAUGUAGGGGUGCAAUAAAAAAUGCAAUAUAUCUCAUUUAAGUACAUUAUCUCAAUGGAGAUAUUUUACUGUGAGUUCUGAUUAUUUCAUGAUUUGAUUUCCUUCCUGCACUUGUGUCUAUUUUUUAAUUUGCAUGGCAUGCAAUUAUAAUGCAUAUUUUCCUUUUAAACUGUGUGAUAUGGGAGCUCAUCACAAUAUUUGAU